UCCUGCGGGGCCAGUCGGGACGGAGGAGACAAGAUGGCGCUGCGGGCGAUGCGAGGGAUGGUGAACGGGGCCGCACCCGAGCUGCCGGUGCCCACCAGUGGGCCGGGGGCGGGAGCUCGGGAGCAGGCGCUGGCCGUCAGCAGGAACUACCUCUCCCAGCCGCGGCUCACGUAUAAGACAGUAUCCGGGGUCAACGGUCCGCUGGUGAUCUUGGAUCAUGUGAAGUUCCCCAGGUACUCUGAGAUUGUCCACCUGACGUUACCCGAUGGCACCAAGAGGAGCGGGCAGGUCCUGGAAAUCAGUGGCUCCAAAGCAGUGGUUCAGGUGUUUGAAGGGACUUCAGGUAUAGAUGCAAAGAAAACAUCCUGCGAGUUUACUGGAGAUAUUCUUCGAACGCCAGUGUCUGAGGAUAUGCUGGGUCGAGUAUUCAAUGGAUCCGGAAAACCGAUUGACAAGGGUCCUUCUGUGCUGGCCGAAGACUUCCUGGACAUCAUGGGUCAGCCAAUCAAUCCUCAGUGUCGAAUCUACCCAGAGGAAAUGAUUCAGACGGGCAUUUCUGCCAUUGAUGGCAUGAACAGUAUUUGUCGCCAGGCUGGUCUGGUAAAGAAAUCCAAAGAUGUAGUAGAUUACAGUGAGGAGAAUUUUGCAAUUGUGUUUGCUGCUAUGGGUGUAAACAUGGAAACCGCCCGGUUCUUCAAAUCUGACUUUGAAGAAAAUGGCUCUAUGGACAACGUCUGCCUCUUUUUGAACUUGGCUAAUGACCCAACUAUUGAGCGGAUUAUCACCCCUCGCCUGGCUCUGACCACAGCUGAGUUCCUGGCGUACCAGUGUGAGAAGCACGUACUAGUGAUCCUGACAGACAUGAGUUCUUACGCUGAAGCACUUCGAGAGGUUUCAGCAGCCAGAGAGGAGGUCCCCGGUCGGCGAGGUUUCCCAGGGUACAUGUACACGGACUUGUCCACGAUAUACGAGCGCGCAGGCCGAGUGGAGGGUCGCAAUGGCUCUAUUACUCAAAUCCCCAUUCUCACCAUGCCCAAUGAUGACAUCACUCACCCCAUCCCUGACCUGACGGGAUACAUCACCGAGGGCCAGAUCUACGUGGACAGACAGCUGCACAACAGACAGAUUUACCCGCCUAUUAAUGUACUGCCCUCACUGUCACGGUUGAUGAAGUCUGCCAUUGGAGAAGGCAUGACACGGAAGGACCAUGCUGACGUAUCCAACCAGCUGUACGCAUGCUAUGCGAUCGGCAAGGACGUGCAGGCCAUGAAAGCUGUGGUGGGAGAAGAGGCGCUCACCUCGGACGAUCUUCUUUACUUGGAGUUCCUACAGAAGUUCGAGAGGAACUUCAUCAGUCAGGGUCCUUACGAAAAUCGCAGUGUCUAUGAGACUUUGGACAUUGGCUGGCAGCUGCUCCGAAUCUUCCCCAAAGAAAUGCUGAAGAGAAUCCCUCAGAGCACCCUGAGUGAAUUUUACCCUCGAGACUCUGCAAAGCAUUAGUUGCUGCUGCUCCUGUGGUGGGACGCUCUCGUGAAGCAUUGGUUGUUUUCCUGAUUCCUUUUGCACUCCUCCAUCCCCACCUCUGAGUGGGAGUUUACCGUGUCACCCUGUAAUUAAAAGCGAAGAGUAGGUAACUUA